CAUGGCUCUCAAUUGCCAUACUUUACGGUAAACUGUUUGUUUUCCCCCCGGGGUUUGACAGGAAUAUGAUCCCGUUAUUCCUGUCGCUGCGUUUGGCGGCGGCGACAUCUCGCUGGUCCCGCCCCAUGCCGAUAUCUAUUUGUGAACCCAUCACAUCAGAGGCGGGUCCCAGCGCCAGUACUCAUCCCUGAUUCCUUGGUCCGCCUGUCACUUGUCCGAAAGGGCAGCUACACUGGCAUUUUUUCACAGCGGAAAAUAAGUUUCUGAAGUUUACUCGGGGAUUAAAAACUUGAGGUAAAGGGGUAAUCUUCAGUCUUCGAUCGCCAGCCUGGAACAUUGACGAAAUUAAGGUCUCUAACAACUGCGUGGACAAUAUUUCUCGGCAAGACAUUGACCGCUGGGGGAGAGAUUUCUAAUGUCCUGGGACUGGAUUUGAGGAGUAAGCACUUUGGUUAUUUCAAGAUUCCUCCUACAUCCAUUCAUAAUAAAUUUAUUUUACGCUGGGAGAAAAGCGUCUGCAAUUCCAGAUACAGGAUAGAAGACCCAUUUACACGAGAAGGGAAAACAAUGGAGAACAUUUUGCUGGUAAUCAUAUUGAUUGCUUUGGGAUCACAAAAUCAAAUAGGUGCUGCUCCAAUUGAAUGUAAAAUUGAAAAAGUUGGAGUAAACCAUCCUGUCACCAUCUCACAAGUGGUACGAUAUUGCGUGUGCCGUGGCAACUCCACCACCAAUGAAAAUGUAUACUUCUUUGAUUCGAUUGUUCCUCCCAGCGGAUUCCCUCAGAUAGCAUUGACUGUGCAGCCCAUUAGUGUCAACAAGACAAUGAUCCUUUUUCUUAAUAGUAACCAAGCUGUAUUUUGGAAUUUGAGUUCUAUCAAUAUGCCAUUUAUAGCCCGUUACCCAAACCAUUCCAUUGCAUCACCUGGCAAACGAAAGACAAAUUCAAAUUCAGCUCAUCAAUUGAAUCAAUAUAAAGGAACUUGCACUUCAUUCACUACUUUUGCUAAGCCUGAAAAUGUUGAAGCAAUCAUCAUAAAAGUGAAAGAAGGUGAAAUGCUCUUUCCUAAAUGUGAACAACAGCCUCCUAUUAAUACUGAAUACUAUAAAGAUUAUGAACUACUCCAUCAAAAUUUGCAUGGUUGUGUGACAUCUGAUCAACAUGCCACUUCUCAACUCCACAUCAUUAUGGUAGCUGCAUCAAGGGACGCAACAAUGAAGCCUUUUAACAUGGACGUAAAGUUUACGCAUGUAAAUAAUUGCCAUGAAUGCAAAAUCAUGCUGGUUAUACAGAGCACACAGCCCUUGACCUUGAACAUCAUCGGAGAAGUUCCCUUGUUAAAACUUAAGGUAUCUCAUGAAACUAAAGGAAUAUCACCACAAUUGGUAGAAAUUAAUCCUAAUCUCCCGAAAACUCCACAAGACCUAUUGAAAUGGGCCAAAGACCAUGAGUUUCCUGCUACGUCUUUAACAGAGAUUCCAUUGGUUGAUAAGAUUGAAGUUAAAAUUAACCUUAAUGUAAACGUUGAUCAUAUUUCAACUUUGCAACCGGAGUCCCCAAGUAAAUUUAUGAAAUCCGUUAGCUGCGGAGAAAUGGGGAUGGAAAUCACUGUUAGUAAAUUUAAGAAGAAUUCAAUUCUGGAAAUCUCGCUAUUGGAUGACAAAUGUAAGGGAAGCAGUAAUGGAACGCACUUCUAUCUAAAAUACUUUCUUUACACUGAAUGUAAAACCACAGAAAGUAGUCAUAAUUACACUAACAAGCUAAAGAUAAAGCUUAGCAAUGGAGUUGAAAUAAGUCAUGAUAUACUUUGUCCUCGUGUACAAACAAUUUGUGAUAUCCUCAAGCUGAACAAUGUAAAUAAUGGAAGACAAAUUAGAAUUCACGAGCUUCCUGACUUUAAAAAGCCAUCUGUAAAGCUUUACAGUUGCACAACUGUCUAUGGAGAGGUUUCAGUUGCCUCACUGACCCCGGGGAUGUUUAAACAAAUACAACAUAACUGCUCCCUCAUCCCGAAAUUUACUACUAGUUCUGGACAAAAAGGUCUCAGACUUCAUGACAUGCCCUUGACCCUUACUAAUCUGAAGCCAGAUCAAGCCAUGUGUGGUCAAUCCGAAAUCUUGUACAACCGCUUCCAGUUCACUUUCCAUAAUGUCUGGAGCCCUGUCGUUGAGGAUGUAGUCAUGGAAUGCGAUACAGGUUAUUGCAUUGAACCAAACAAAUGCCAUUUCGUGGGGAAAAUAUCUAAAGCUUUGAAAAUAGAUAACAAUAAUCCAAAACAACUUGAUUGUCCCAAAUCCCAAGACCCCACAAAUUCCAGGCCAAGAGGUCCCUCUGAUGUCCCAGGAUUGGGGAUGGCAGCUGUAUUAGGAAUUGUGUUUGGUGCCUUUAUCAUUGGCGCAUUGCUCAUUGCAGCUCUAUGGUAUAUAUAUUCGCACACUGGAUCUUCCGAAAAGAAAGAGGCUAUUCCUACCAAUGCGCCUGCAUCCGAGAACAGUAGCACCAACCACAGUAUUGGUAGCACCCAGAGUACUCCAUGUUCUUCCAGCAGUGUUGCAUAGCCAUCGACAAGACUUCCAACAAUGGUUAUAAAGUACUAUUACAUUUCAUGUGCCAUCUUUGGUAAAUGCAGCAGCAAUGUAGAAAAUAGGUGUAACAAUGUAUUUUUUAACAAAGUAGCAGAAGUGUUAUUACAUUGCACCAUCAACAACUUGCAUAGAAGUCUCCCUACUCAUGGGUGCCCGGGGUCGAGAGAAUAAUGAUAUUGGAUAGUCAUUAUAAUUCAGUAAUUAUUCACAAUCAGUUCAGGUGAUGUUUUAAACCCUUUACACAAAGGUAAACUAUUUAACUCUAUUGCCUGCACAGAGAACAAGAAUUAGAUAAAAAGUCAGUUUAUUAUUAUAGUUGUAGUUAAAUACAAUUUAAAUGUUUUUGUGGGGAUUACAUGGCUCCAUAUUUCAUGCCAGAAAGCCUGUUGAUUCCAGUGCCAAUUAGAGGGGGUUAUUUGUGAUUUAAUAGGCGAGAACAUUCACUUGCAUAGAUUUCUAAUUUUAAUCUAAUCUCUUAAAAUGCAGCAAAGCACAACUUUUGCACAGUAAAAUAAUUUUAAUAACGACAAAUUCUGACUCCCAGCCGACAGCAUUCAGAUGUUCAUUGAAAUAUGGGUGUUUCCUGGGACGUGGAGACAUUCCUGCACAAAUGCCAUUCAUUGACUGUAUAUAAUUAUUGGGACGUUUAUUAUCCUGUAUAUCUUACAUUGCAGCAAUAUAAAUAGUGACUUUUUUUGUAAAUGGAAAACUGAUAGAUCUCCUGAAAUAACUUAGUAAUGUUACAUUUUACAAAUAAUUUAUGGUAAAAGAAAGUCCAGAAAGUCAAACCAAAUUUUACAAUUACUAGAUAAUUUUGUAAAAUAAUUAAUAACCUAUAACAGGAAUGCUAUUAAAACCCUCAAUUUGUUUCAUAGCUAAUGCAAGGUCAAUGGAAUAUUUGACAAUGCUAUUGAUGGACAUUAGUGAUGAUGAUUAACGAGUUCAUCUUUAAGUGCCACCACGGUCUAAACUCCUAUCCAAAAGCUCAUUGUAUGAAUUUACCAAUAACAAAUUACAUUUUUAUAUUUAGCACUUUCUCCUCUUAAUUUCUAAAUCCCUGAUAUUUAAAGAAAUAUGUUUUGUCUUUAUUACAAUAGAUACUCUGCAGGUUAUUAUAUUAGUUAAUGUAGAAAACCAGAACUUAAACCAACAUUACUUUUUGUUUAAAUAGGAAAGGUAAAUGGGAAGAGACAAUCUCUUUCAAAAUUGAACAAAAUGUAGGAGAAUCUAUUUACCAUCAUCCAUGUGAUGUUUGGCUCCUGCCUUAGUAAUCCUUGACCCAAUGUUUAAAUCCAUCAGUGGACUUGUACUUGCCAUUGUCAAUCUUUGCUGCCGUCUCCUUCCUCUGAAAACUUUGCUCGGCUCCACUGUUGGGCUCGUGGACUUUUUGCCCCGUUGUAAGCCUUCUUUAACGGCAGCCCAAUUUCUGUUAUCACCUUUCUCAUCUCCCUUCAGUACAAACACACUUAAUACCUACUGGUCUCUGGCUCAGCACCAUCAUGUCUCAUUACUUUCUUGCUGCACCUUUGACAUGUUUUAUUUUGUUAAUGAUGCUAAUCAAGUUGUUAUUGACAGGAUUAAAUCAAUAUAUUUUUUUGAUUACUGGUAAUACAUUAACAUGUUUAGAAAUGAUCAAAUUGGAUAAAGUUAAAUUACAACAAUUGUAGUUUUAUUUCCACAGAAAUAACACCAAUCUUAUCACCUUAGAGAACAUUUCUGGUUGUGUCAUUCAAAUUUUUUAAAAUAAUCAGGAAUAAGGAUAAUUUAUGGUAUAGAACAUGCAAGAUUUUAAUGGACAAAAAUAACAAUGAAAUCUUGUACAGCAGAUAAACCUGUAUUAUGAAAGGUUGGAGGCAGAAAUUGUAUCCAUGUCCUGUUAUGGGUAAUCAUGGGGAGUAGCACGUAACUCCACUACUGGAGAUAGAAAGAAAAGAUGACUAAUAUGAACCAAGUGAAAUUAGCAAAAUCUGAGGUGAUAAGAAGAACCCAUGUUUUUAAUAUGUGUGAAGACACAAAAAGCAUUCAAUAGGACCACGGCUGCUAAUUUACCACAAUGUAACAUUUCUGGCACCAAUGCUCUCUUUUGAUUCCCCGAAUAAUCAAGAAUCUACUCAGAUAAAUUUGCAUAACUUUUGCUACACCAAAAGAGAAGAGAGAUUAUCCAGAGGAUGUGACAUUCAACAGAACAUUUGAGAAUUCCUUGAACAUUUAAAGUAUUUUUUCAAAAUGAAAUCAUGGCAUUUGCACAUUAAUAAUGCAACAUUUCCUGUCCUUUGAAACAAUCUUAACUUUUGUAAAAUAUAACAGUUAAGACACCAGACAAAUGUAUUGUACAGAUAGCAAUUUAACUGCAGCACCUAAUAGCAUGACAUAAAUAGAAGUUAAAACGGUUUUCAUUGCGAUCACCUCUACAAACGUUUGGUCAUUGUUACACUGCAUUCUCCACUGGCUAUGAUACCAAUGAUACACAAGCUUUGGCUUUGGUGGCCUACCGAAAGUUUGUUCCAAAAGCUUUCUCCUAGUUUGUAUCAACUCAACACUUUGCAGUGGACUAAAGGGUCAGUGAGAAGGUUGUUUUGCUUUAAUUACUGCUGUGGGUGAAGCAUUGAGUGGUUCAAAACUAAUAAGAAUUUAAUUCUGCUGGAAACUUAAAAGCAGUGAUGGAGAAACUAGCAAAGAAUGCAGGAAUGAUCGAGGUACAGCUUGUGAAAUACUGCUAUUGUGCUUUCAGUUAGUAACUUUUUUGGUUACAUUUUAGAUAACUCAAACAUUUUGAGAUUUGUACAACAGCAAUCUACAGAGCUGACAACAUUUUGCAUUGUCACUAGAUAUUUUUAUACUACCCGUUUAUAAUUCACAAAAUUAGCAUCAACAUCAGCAGCAAAUAUAUAUACAAAACAUACUUGGUCUAUCCUUGAACUAUUCAGUUAUUCACAAGUUUGUCAAGAACUUUUUGCUGGUCCUUUUCCAUUUUAAACUGAGCUACUGGCAUUUCCUUACUUUGAAAAUAAGUUUAUACAAGUCAACACAAGUUUAUACAAGAUUCCCCAGUUUACCAGCUCUUUACAUACAACCCAGCAUUCAAAAACACUAUUGACAUGUAUUUUCCUUACCACUUAAAGACCUUAAAUAGACAGCAUCAAAUGUGGGAAACAUUGCAAGCCAGUCUCAGCAGUGGGGGUAGGAACUAACAUUGCAAAAAAUAUUGAAAGCAGAUGAGAUAAAUAUGGACUACAUAAACAUGUUGAAAAAUAUGAACUGAAAGGCAUAAAAAUGCCUACCUUCUCUAGAAGUCACCAGUGGCAUAAUAUUUUACAUGAAAUUUACAGGACAGAUGAAGCUCAUUUGGUCCAACAGGUUUAUGCUGGCAUUUAAACUCCAAAUAACCUCCACCCAACUCUCCAUCUAAAAUUUGUUUAAGAAAGAACUGCAGAUGCUGGAAAAAUUGAAUCUAGACAAAAAUGCUGGAGAAACUCAGCGGGUGAGGCAGCAUCUAUGGAGCGAAGGAAUAGGUGACGUUUCGAUCCG